AUGUCGAGCCGACCGGGCGGCGUCGAAGCUCGUGUCGACUUGCCGGACGACCCGACGGAAGCGAGGGAGAAGUACAUCAAGCUAAGGCUGCUGGUGCGGGAGACGUUCGAGAGCUUUCUAAGGAGCUUGAACUCCCAGUCGCUGCGCUGGCUGGAGCAACAGUUCGAAGACCAUGGUGAAAAGCUGAACUCGGGCGAAUUCCUGCGAAUCUUCUCCAGAGUCUGCCCACGCCUGGACUCGACAGCCUUUCCCAAGUACGAAGAGCGAAAGCUCGCGGUGCACCUCUCCGUGCUGAAGCUUUUCGAAGGGAUGGAUGUGGAUCAAUCCGGGGAAACAUCGUGGAUGGAGUUCGUCGAGUUCAUCAGUGCUGUGGCCGAGGAGCUUCGGCUAAAGGCUCAGGAGCUGUCGGGUCAGAUCUUCGAGUUCCAUACGGCCUCACUUGUUCUGCCACCCUACAAGCCGACCAUCACGAAGUGCCACUUCGACAAGGUGUAUUUCUGGCCGAAGCAUCCGAUGGAAAGCGCCAUUGUCUUCGAGGAGGGCCAGGCCAGCUUCUUCCUACACCGGCAGCAGACGAUGCUUCGGCGCCGCAGAGUGGAUGGGCAUCAGAGCGAUCUCCUCGCGGCGGCCUUCCUCUCCACAGACAGGGAAGAUGCCAACGUCAACCUGGUUGUCACAUCCGGCAACGACAAGACGCUGUGUUUCUGGGAUGCCAAUGCUUUCAACCUGGUGAAGCGUUGGAGCCUCAAGGAGGUGGUGGGCGAACUCUGCUGGUGCGAAGAGAUCAACGCUCUGUAUGCAGCAGAUCACUUCAGCCACCGCUUUUGGGGCUGGCACAUCCGAGAUGAGCUGGAAGUGAAGACGACCGGAUCAGGAGGCAUGAAGCCCGACAAAAGCUUGGAGUUCAAGAACGGGCACACCAAAGCCAUCCAGGCGAUGAAGUGGCUGGAGCCACUCCAGUGCUUGGCCACAGCUUCGCUGGAUACCACCGUCCAGAUCUUUGACACCGUUCAGCAGGCGCGGUCACACGUUCUACAAGGCCAUACGAAAGGCCUCACCUGCCUCGAGUUCUGCGAAAAGAGCCAGAUGCUUCUGAGCGCUGGCUUUGACAACUACAUUGUCAUCUGGGAUCCCAGCGCAGGGACCCUCUCGUUCAAGCUGACGGGGCACGAGUGCAGCGUGACAGGCUUAUGCAAGAUGCCGGAAACAGACUAUGAGUUCAUGAGUGUCGACUUUGACGGUGUUGUGCGACUUUGGGAUGUACGUCGAUUAUGCUGCAUCCAAAGCUUUCAUGCAACGGAUCGUCGGGCGGAGGAGGCUGGCGAGCUGGAGCGCCUGGAGCCGCGAGCGCUGUGCCCGCUGAGUCGGGAUCGCGUGGUCAUUUCUGGUCGCAGGAUCGUGGUCUUCGACCGAGAUGCCAAUGACCCGAAGCUGACUUCCGACUGGCCCAUCAAUGCAUUGGCCUUCGAUCACAGGAACCUAGAAAUCAUCACUCCCAUCAAGAACGACCUGUAUGUGUGGGAUGCCCUGACAGGACAGCGGCUCCAAAUCCAUGACAACGUCAUCGAUGCCAACAUCACUGCCCUUUGCUUCGGUGCUGGGGAACGGCGUAUCUUCGUGGGAGAUGACGAAGGGAACAUCAACUGCAUCAAUGCUGCCUGCGGCGCAAAGCUGAAGACGUUGACUCCCCAUGCCUACGAGGUCGCGCAGAUCGAGUGCAUGCCGGGGAAAGUGCUGACGCUGUCGGCCCCAGAGAAGGUCAUCAAUGUCCACGAUGACACGGACGAGAAGAAGGCCAUUCUGCUAAAGCAGAUUGAUGUCGGUAUUGCAGGUGUCAUCCUGAGGUUUGCACACGACGAGCGGGAAAUGCUUGUCAUCUCUACUGAGGAGGGAGAAGUGUGCUGGUACAGUGCUGAUUUUGCGAAGCAAAUCGCGGACACCAGCCAGUGUGCAGUGCACCAUUCGCAGGCCGUGUCGUGCUGCUCAUACUUCCGACAGGCACCUCUCAUCGUUUCCGCCGAUGCAGGCUCUGCAAUCUUUUGGUCCGUACCUCCCCUCAGACCCUACGACUUCUUCUCGAAGAUCGUCCUCGAUGUCACCAGCCGCGAGGAGGCGACGGUCGGAAUCACUUCCAUGAGUCUUAGCUGGCCAGACGAGUGCGUACUCUUUGUCGGCACAGACCGUGGAGCUAUAGCGUCCAUCGACAUCUCGGUGGUGGUGGAGAGUGCCAAGAAGCAGCAGGCCGAAAUCCUUCGGAGAAAGGAGUCUGGUGAGGCAGCGGAGGUGAUUUCUGGCCGCAUCUUCGACUCGCUGCCACGACCGGUAAACUCGCCCGCCUAUGUGUUCGGCCUAGAGAACCGGUGGAUGGUUGAGAGAGCCCAUGCCUUCAGCGUGGAGGCGAUCUUCGUUUGUAAGCGGCAGCCACCAGUUCUCAUUACGCUCGGUGCAGAGGCUUCUGUGCGACUGUGGGAUCACGAAACUGGGGCGGCGCUGGGGACACUGGAGCAAGGCCUGCCAGAGGGCCUUGUCUACCAGCGCAGCACAGACUGGACCUUCCCACUGGACCCGCAUCAACAGGUCCUAGAGGACAUCGACACCCUCGCAGAGGCCGCGCAGGCACAGCCGUCGGACGACUUACGAGGAUGGUCGAGCCUGAGGUUUAGAAUACUAGGGCUAUUGGGGGGGAGGGGCAGAGAUUCCUGA